AUGUCGGGCCUCAUCGCCAUGGGCGUGACGUCCGCCACCCAGGCCAUAUCGCUGUCCAACUUUACGCCGCGCAUCGAGAAUCUGCCGUCGCCAUGUCAGUCGGCAUACACAACACAGAUCCAGGGCUGCCAAGCUGGCGACUUUACGAAUGGCGCGCGCUGUAGCGCAAACUGCGUUCAAGGGCUGGUUACCAUAUCGGAGCUCGUCAGCCAGCAGUGUUCCAACGUCGAUGUGCCGGAGACAUCCAUCAUCGGCGUCUUCUUGCUCGGACAAGGAAUUCCAGCGCUAUGCCCGGGCGUCGAAGUAACAACGAUUGCUCCCAGUUCGACCCAGGUACAGCCACCGCCGCAAACGAGCACAGAAGCGCAAGCGUCGAAUGAACCGGCAGCGCCACCUCCGAGCUCAUCGCAGGCGAUAGAGAGCGACUCGAGCGUCGCUGAGUCGUCUGCCACGUCCGUCGCCAACACACCGAAUGAAUCAGUCGCACCUCCCACCAGCACGGCGCAACCGCAGCUUACGUUCGCUACCGGCAGCCCGCCACCAGCUGCGAGCCAGACCGCGAGCAGCCAGAGGUCGAAUCAGGAUUCCGGAGGCGGCUCACCGUUCGAUGUUGUGGCCACCGGUUCGUCACCGCCGCUCAACGUCGGUCACUGCGCCCUUUCAGCGAUAGUCGGCGUAGCUCUCCUCUUCGCAACAGUCUUUUGA